AUGGAACCGAGCACUGAUAGUGAUAAUCUCAGCGUUGGUGACCAACAUCUCGGUGGUGUGGGAUCUAUAAUGAUGCCGAACGCUACAGGAGCCGCCACAGCAAACCCAUUCGAGGAACCCCAACGCCGCAUCAGCGAAUACACCGCACAGGAAAUUGCAACAUUACAAGCUCGUCUGGAUAAGAAAUUGGGACCUGAAUACAUCUCUGCACGACCUGGUGCUGCGGGGCAGAAAGUGCACUAUCUCUCCGCGGACAAAUGCAUCAACCUUGCGAACGAGGUGUUUGGAUUUAAUGGCUGGUCCAGCUCGAUUCAAAAGAUUCAGAUUGAUUUUGUCGAGGAGAACCAUAACACGGGAAAGAUCAGCCUGGGCCUUUCAGUUAUCAUGAGAGUAACUCUGCGGGAUGGAACAUUUCAUGAGGAUAUUGGCUACGGGCACAUCGAGAACUGCAAGGGCAAGGCCGCAGCGUUUGAGAAGGCCAAAAAAGAAGGCACAACAGAUGCUUUGAAACGUGCAUUGAGAAACUUUGGCAACGUGCUGGGUAACUGUAUCUAUGACAAGGAUUAUGUGGCCAAGGUGACCAAAGUCAAGGCAGCGCCUGGAAGAUGGGACGUCGACGAUCUUCACCGUCACCCUGACUUCGCGCCACCUGCUAAGAAACAGCCGCCUCCACCCAAACGUGCAACCGAAGAGGAUGAUCUACCCCUUCCUCGUCCCAUACAUCAAGCCAGACCAAACAAUCCUGGGAAUAAUACUUCUUUUGAUGGGGAUGGAGAGUUUGGCAGUGACCUCUUUGACGAAGCCGAUUUUGGGGUAGCCGAUAUAGGCAAUCCUGAUGAAAUCGUGAUAGAUACGGAGACCCAUCGAGAACCGCAGCGCCCUAUGCCGACGAAUGGUCCAGCACCUCAGCGAGGACCGCCUGUUCGAGCAGGAUUCAACCCCGCUGUCGUAACACCAUCAAAACCAGAGCGAUGGAACGGCGCAGGCCAGGCGGGACGACCUAAUCCUCUGAAUGCGCGACAGAACCAAUCGGCUAUCCCAUCUCCAGCCGCGGUACAAGGCCGACCCAUGCCCGGUCAAGGUCCUGCUCAAAAUAUUGCGAACCCCAGACCAUCAGUCCCACCACAGCAACCAGUUGGUCACAAUGUCCCACAAAACAAUAUCCCUCAGCCUCCGGUCAAAAAGGAAUCCGUUUCUGGGGGCUUUCAAGGAAACCAGGACAUGAACCCACCACAAGGGACACCGUCAACGGGUUUCUAUUCGGCCAGAGCAGUGGACCUCCUCCGUGAAAAUCCAAAUUCUGUCCCGCCAGGAGCACCUCAAUUCGAUCCACACGCAGAGAGUCCCUCCAUCCGCAAGACGGCUGGUGUGGACCAUACCAAAAGUAUUCCUAUUGCUAGGCCCAUGCUGUCAAAUGCCUCUCCCGCACCCACCGCCAAUAACAACAAUAACACACGUGAUUUUGUCAACCCUGCAACUGAUAUGCAGCGCAGAGUCGGUGCUCCUGUGGGUGGAGUCAGCAGUCCGGUCAGCAGAGGUCCUUCUGUUUCAUCGUAUCGACCAUUGACUCGACCCAACAUUGACCAAAGGAACGUUCCCAACCCAGCCGCAAUGAAUCGAGGGAGUGUACCACCCCAGCAGAAUCUCAACGGAAAACGACCUCCGUUGGUAGACGUUACAAAUGGCGAUGCUACACCUGGCGCAUAUGCAGGGGUCCCGGCCCCCGGCCCGAACGACCCAAAACGGCCCCGAGUCUCGGAUGUUGACUCCUCCGGGCCUUCUUCCGGGCCUUCUUCCGGGCCUCGCCCACCAACUCAGUAA